UGUAUCUCUUUUUUAUAACUUAACACUUUAGUAGGAAAACGAAAAAAAAAUUUGUCUUUAUUAUUGCAAAUUAAGUGAAUUGUUAAUCACUUUUUCAAAUAAGUGAAUGUAUGUACAUAUUUGCUGUGUGAUUUUAAAGUGUUCAAAAUAAAUUAACUAAGAAACGGUGUAAUUAUUUUAUAUGCUUUAUAAAAUUAUUAAUACAACGGGUUUUGUUUUAUUAUGUCAUACUUAAUAUUGAACUAGUUUCAAAUUCAUUAAUAAAACAAUUGACUCUACAAUACUUUCAUAAAUCCACACUCCCCACCACCCUCAUAACAAUCUUGUGGAUCUAACUGUCCUCUAAUUGUAUUUAUUCAUUGGAUUCAAUAAUAAAAUUAAUUGUUUGGACAAUUUUUUUUAUUUAUUUAUUUAUUUGAUUCAACGACGACUUUGAUUUUGUGAAGCUGUGCUGCGAAUACAAUUUAUUAUUGUUAUUAUUUGUUGUAUCCAUUUUCAAUUGGUUUCAUACGAUUUGUUGCCACUGUUAGCUGUGACGACUGACCAUGGCAUUUUUUCGCAAAUGGAAAACCCACUAUAAACACAAAAAAUUUACAUCAGACGAUGCGAUAGACGGUGAAGAUUGGGGCUUAGAUGUGAAAACCCCCAAAGAUGCUAAACAAACAGAUGAUUUAAAACUAAACUUUGAGGGCAGUUUAGAGGCUGAUGAUGAGGAAGAUAUUAAGCCUAUAUUUCAGACGUACGAUAUCAAAUAUCUGGGUUGUACACCCAUCGAUAAUAAACGUUCCGAAAAAGUUACUUCGGAGGCUAUAAAAACUGUGAUUGCCAAUGCCAAAGCGGGUGGUAGAAAAAUUAAAACACAAAAACGUGUCAAAGUUAAUAUCUCACAGGAGGGUAUUGAAGUAUUGGAUCAUGCCACCGAUGAUUCCCUAAUGCGUUUUUCUAUCUAUAAAAUCUCCUAUUGUUCUGUAGAUGCCUCCAAUGAUCAUGCUUUUUCGUUUGUAAGUUCUGAACCGGAUCCUUUGUCGGAUAAGGAGAAAUUGUCUUGCCAUGUGUUUUUGUGUCCUAAACGUAAAAUUGCCCAUGAGAUCACUUUAUUGGUGGCACGUUGCUUUGAGAAUGCCUAUCAAAAUUGGCGUGAUACAGUGGUGCAUCAGGUGAAACAGGUUAAUAAUAAUAAUACCACCAACAAUAACAACAACAAUAUUGAAAGCAGUGCUAAAUUUGAAGCCAAAAAUAUACUUAAAGAACAGAAUGGUUUUGGUUUUAUAGAAUCCAAAGCUGAGAUACAUUAUAAUACACCCGAUGAACAAAAGAAAGUUGAUAAUCCUCUUAUCGAUUUAGCGGCCACCGAUAAUGAUGUACGAAAAUAUUUACAAAACACUUGGGUAUCAUUCGAAGAUGACCAUGAACAGGGCGGUCAUCGUAUGGUGGCUUGUUGAAGGAUUGCAGGAAAAGUGCACGAUCAAAUGUAGAGUUGUUUUUUUGUAGUUAUUUUAAGUGAUAAAUUUUCUUUUAUUAAAAAUUUUAAUUUAAUCCUUAAGCAAAAUUUUAACAUUUUGUGCAAUACGUACUAAUAAAUGCUUAUUUUUAUUGUAUAUAAA